GAUAGAAUGGAUGUAAGAAUGAGGUCAAGCCUGUGGGUGCGGUCACCAAUACGAUCAAGGAUGCGUGUGGGGAGGUCAACUACGCACUCCCAGCGAAAUGCUGUUGGUCAAUCCCCAAUCAUCCUGACCCUAACGAUUUACGGUGCUGCACAUUUUUUUGCUUCUACAGGCAAACUCACCGAGGACACAAAUACUUACAAAGGAGUUGUGAUCAAGUAUAAUGAACCGGAGGAUGCUCGUAAACCAACAGAGAAGUGGCGUCUAUAUGCAUUCAAAGGCAAUCAGACAUUGCCUAUUUUGCACAUCCAUCGACAAAGUGGAUUUCUCAUUGGUCGUGAUCGUAAAAUUGCUGACAUUCCCAUGGACCACCCCAGCAUAUCCAAACAGCAUGCCGUGCUGCAAUAUCGGUUUGUAAGGUUAGUCCGCCUGUAUCUCAUCGAUUUGGACUCGGUCAACGGUACUUAUCUGAACAAUGAGAAAAUCGAGCCGCGUCGCUACUACGAACUGAUCGAGAAAGAUGUUAUCAAAUUCGGCUUCUCCACACGGGAAUAUGUUGUCAUGACGGCGAAUUUAGAUGAAGAUGAUGAUGACAGUGAUAACUGA